GACUAUGCAAACGAAAGCCCCUUCAAAUCCUGCCGUCCCCGUGUCCCCGGCCCCGGCAGCGCCCGAAGGCGGGGGGGAAACGAGGACUUUGUGACCAUGAGGGUGCAGGGGGUGCUGGCGGUUUUGGGGACCCUCCUGGUCCUGGGUGCUGCUCAGCGGCGAUCCGGUGGCCGUGGCGGUGGCCGGGGACAGCCCUGGAGCGGGCGGCCGGCGCCGUUCCGCAGCUGGGACACGGGGCUGUACCGGCCGUGGCAGGAGGGGACACCGCAGCAGCGGGACUGCUGGCGAGGCGGCGACGUCACCUUCGACAUCAGCAACGACGCUCCCACCAUGGCGGGCGCCGACGCCACCUUCUCCAUCGCCCUCCGCUUCCCCGGCACGCAGGCGGUGCUGCCCGACGGCCGCGUCGUCUGGAGCCAGAACUGCACCGUCAACGGCACCCGCGUCACCCAAGGGGACCCCGUUUUCCCGGAGCAGGCGGCUGAUGGUGCCGACGGCGUCUUCCCCGAUGGGGAACCCUUCCCCGAAAGCGCCUGGGACAAGCGUGAAAAAUUUGUCUAUGUCUGGUGGACGUGGGGGCGCUACUGGCAGGUGGUGGACGGUGCCACGUCCCGGCUGACGGUGGGGACAGCGGGGGUGGCCCUGGGCUCCUACACCAUGGAGGUUGUCGUCUACCAUUACCGCGGCCGCCAGAAGUUCGUCCCCAUCGGCCGUGCCAGCACCCAGUUCAGCAUCACCGACCAGGUGCCAUUCGCGGUGGAGGUGACGCAGGUGCAGGACGCGGCAGGCGCCGGGCGCUUCGUGCGGAACCGCGCGGUGGCCUUUGCCGUGCGGCUGCACGACCCCAGCGGCUACCUGCGCCACGCCGACAUCGCCUACUCCUGGGACUUCGGGGACCAGAGCGGGACGCUCAUCUCCCGCAGCGCCACCGUCACCCACACCUACCUGGACACCGGCUCCUUCACCGCCCGCCUGGUGCUGCAGGCGGCCAUCCCCAUCACCCCCUGCGGCACCUCGGUGGCCCCCGCCGGGGACCCCACCACGCAGCCCUCGGUGACAACGCAGCCCGCUGGUGGCACCACGCCGGGUGGGGGAAGCACCGCCGGGGUGACCAGCACCGAACCUGAAGGGUCCGGCACGUCAGCGGAGCCCACGGGGGGAUCGGUGGCCACGCCAUCGGAGCUGGCUGUCACCGAAUCCUUGGCCCCCGCUGUCACCGAGCCCUCGGUCCCCGUGGUCACCGACCCCGUCCUCCCGGCGCUCAGCACCUCGGCGGGUACCGACCCCCAGCUGGUCACCUCGGUGGCCGCGGCCGGGGACACGCUGGUCACCUCGGUCCCCACGGCUGCGCAGGGGACGGUGGCGGCUGCAGAUACGGUUACAUCUGGAACCACAUCUGGAGCCACAGCUGGCGCAACGGCAGCAUCCGCAGAAGGAACCACAACUGGAAUCCUGGUUGAAGUCACAGCUGGAGCAACUGCAGGGGACACAGCUGCAUCCAUGGCCACCGUCACAUCUGGAUCCGCAACUGGUGGCACAUCUGGACCCACAGCUGUCCCUGAGGCCACCGCCGAGCCGCUGGUGCUGGUGAAGCGCCAGGCGCCGGCUGAUGAGCCCACCGGCUGCGUCCUGUACCGCUACGGCACCUUCGCCACCCAGCUGGAGAUUGUCCAGGGGAUCGAGAGCGUGGCCAUCGUGCAGGUGGUGCCGGUGACAGCGGCGAGCGGCGAGAGUGGUGUGGAGCUGACGGUGACAUGCGAGGGGAGCCCCCCAGAGGAGGUUUGCACCGUGGUGGCGGACGCCGAGUGCCAGACGGCGCAGGCGCAGACGUGCUCGGCGGUGGCGGCGGCGCCCGGGUGUCACCUCGUCCUGCGCCAGGACUUCAACGGCUCCGGCGUCUUCUGCCUCAACGUGUCCCUGGCCAACGCCAACGGGCUGGCGGUUGCCAGCGCCCGCGUGGCCGUGGGAGGUGACGUCCCCGCCGCCGGCAGGACCACGCUCGUGGUGGGGCUGGUGCUGAUCGCUGCUGCGCUGGGCACCGCAGCAUAUACGUACCGCCGUGUGACGUACACCCCGCUGCUGCCCGUGGCCCCCCCCGCGCCCCCCCGUUCGCGGGGCUGGUUGCCCCCCGGCUCUGCCCUGCGGCUCCUGUUCCGCCAGGCGUUCGGGGGGGGCCCCAGCGGGGAGAGCAGCCCCCUGCUCCGCGCCAACACCGUCUGAGGGGGGACCCCGCGCCGCCCCCCCAGGAGCCGGGGGGCUGCGGUUGUGAGGGGGGACACACAGCACCCCCGAUAUUAAAGACUCAACUGGU